CAUUGGGAGAGGUCGUCUGACGUCACAUACUCUAUCGUGCGAGGUUUGUGGAUAGAAGAGGGAUCUAGUGUAUUUGGAAAAGUCGAGGAAAAGAGAUCUGGUACCAAGAUGAAUGUUUUAUUUCAUUCACCGUUAAUAUUGUUUUUUACGAUAUUAUGCCUUGGACACAUUGCAUACUCUGAUACAGCUGGGUCUGAACCACCUCUGGUAUGUGAAGAAAACCAAUUCAAAUGUAUGAGACGAUGUAUUCCGGAGAGCUGGAGAUGUGAUGGAGACUAUGAUUGUGUAGACGAAGAUGAUAAAUCAGACGAAGAGAAUUGUCCCUCCAAGACAUGUCCAGAAGAUGAAUUUACAUGUAGAUCUGGUCACUGUGUGCCAAUGAGAUGGACUUGUGACAAUGAAACAGACUGUCUUGAUGGAUCGGAUGAAACGGAUAUUUGCAAGAACAAAACUUGUGGUAUUGACCAGUUCAGUUGUGGAAAUGGAGAGUGUAUACCAGCUAGCUGGCGUUGUGAUGGUUCUCCAGACUGUUCUAAUGGUGAGGAUGAGACGUGUGAUUCCCCUACCUGUGCUAGUGAUGAAUUCAGAUGUGACAACUCCAAGUGUGUAAACAACAAAUGGAAGUGUGAUGGAGAUGAUGACUGCGGUGACAACAGUGAUGAAAAACAAUGUCCUGAUGUGACUUGUACUGCUGAUGAGUUCCAGUGUUCAGACACGCAGUGUAUCGACAAGUUGUGGCAGUGUGAUGGCGAUGCUGAUUGUAACGACCAAAGCGAUGAAACAAACUGUACAACCAAAAAUGUAUCUAUUUGUUCAGACGAAACGGAAUGGGAGUGCCACACCGGUGAACAGUGCAUCCACAAAUCCUGGAGAUGUGACGGGGACGAAGACUGUUUGGAUGGAUCUGAUGAGGGUCCUGAAUCAGGAUGUGGAUUAACUACAUGCAGACCAGAUCAAUUUAAAUGCAACAACAGUGACUGCAUCUACCACACUCUCAAGUGUGAUGGCUAUGUAGAUUGUGUGGAUGGAUCGGAUGAAUCUGAUUGUCCUCCACCAGAGAGUCACUGUCCAGCUGACAGAUUUGACUGCUACAAAAAUGGGUCUUUAUGUAUUGAAGCCAGCAAGCUCUGUGACAGCAGAAAGGAUUGUGAAAACUUUGCUGAUGAAGACAACACACUCUGUGAAACUAAUUCAAGUACUUCGGCGAGAGAAAAGUUUGCAAACCCAUGUAACUUGAACAAUGGUGGUUGUAUGCACACAUGCAUCCCUAUUGGCACAAAACACCGGCGCUGUGAGUGUUUGGAUGGCUACCGGUUAGUGGGCAACACUUCCUGUGAAGACGUGAAUGAAUGUGACCAGUGGCCCCCAGUGUGUUCACAAAAGUGUGUAAAUGAGCCAAAGGGAUCAUACAAAUGUGAAUGUAUGCUGGGAUAUUACCCAGAAUUACUCUCCGAUGGCCAACAUAUUUGCAAAGUUAUUGGUGAGAGACCUUGGUUGUUGUUUGCCAAUAGACAUGACAUCAGAAAACUGGAGGUAGACACCAUGAUACUACAACCUGUUGUCAGUGACCUUCAUAGUGCUGUUGCUGUUGAUUAUGAUUAUUACAACAAAGUAGUCUACUGGUCUGAUAAUGUGGAAGAGAAAAUUAUGAAGGCAAACAUGUCUGAAAAGGGGGAGACAAAUGGAACAGGUGUACCUGUGAUAAACCGGGGUGUCAAGACUCCUGAUGGAAUCGCUGUGGACUGGAUCUAUCAUAACCUGUACUGGACUGACACCGGAUACAAUACCAUUGAAGUCGCCUCUGUAGAUGGAUCCAUUAGGAAGAUUCUGGUAGAUAAAGACUUGGAUGAACCUAGAUCAAUCGCUCUGGAUCCAGAAAAUGGGUGGAUGUACUUCUCUGACUGGGGAAGAACUCCCAAGAUUGAACGCAUUGGAAUGGAUGGAAACCCUUCCAGCAGAAGUGUUAUAGUGCAGAAAGAAAUUGAAUGGCCAAAUGGUUUAACGCUGGAUUAUGCUAGUCAGAGAUUAUAUUGGAUUGAUGCUAAACUGAAGAGUAUAUUUACCGCAAAGUUGGAUGGUUCAGAUAUCCGAAGAGUCCUACACAAUGCUGAACAAAUCCUCCAUCCAUUCUCCUUGACUGUUUUUGAGGACAGUGUAUACUGGACAGAUUGGUCAUCUGAAGCCAUCCGUAAAGUUCACAAAUACACAGGACAAGAAUACACACAACUUGCCCUUGGUUUGAGAGCUCCUAUGGACAUUAAAGUCUAUCACCAACAAAAGCAAAUGCACAGUCCAAAUAAAUGUGGACAUGAAAAUGGUGGUUGUUCCCAUCUGUGCCUACCAACCCCAGUCUCUCUGAAUGCAAAGGGAUAUGCUUGUGCCUGUCCAGAUAACAUGGUUCUUUUGAGGGGAAAGCAAUGUGAAGUCAGUGCACAAAGAACAACUUCAAGUCCUUUACCAACUCCUCCAUCUAAGACAGGCUCCCCUAAUAAUACAAACAGAAAUUCUUCUAGUUCUCAUGGAGUACCUUCAGCAUCAACUACAGUUCGACCUGCUGUAACAACCAAGGCCACUGAAAAGCCUAAAUCUACAACUUCUAAACCUGUAGUAACAUCCAAAGGCCCAGGAUACAAACCCAUCAGCACCAAAACUCCAUAUGUGAUUGUGACCCCAAAGAAAAACAAUGAAACAGUUGUUGAAAAAUCCACCGAGAGUCCAGUAGGAACCGUGGCUGUUAUAGCUAUUGCAGUGGUUCUUGGAAUUGCUGUUUUGGUUGUCAUUAUUGGUUGUUUCAUUUACCGCAAGUACACAAAGAGGAACAUCAAAAGUAUGAAUUUUGACAAUCCCGUAUAUAGGAAAACAACAGAGGAAAGUGUGCGUAUACAGAGAGACUCUGCAUUAGAGCCUUUAAAUGCUGAUACCAUGGAAGUCUGAUGCUCAGGAAAUAACUAGUGACAUUCCAUUUUAGUUCAUAACUUUAUCCAGUGCAUUAUGUCAGGAAGGACAUUAUUGAUUUUAAAAAAUAUCAAUGCUUAGAACAAGAACAGCUUUUAGCUAGGCAUAACCAAGGAGUUGUAUCACAGCCAUUUUAAAGUGAGGAGUAUACAUUCCAGUAAGAUCUCCUGUCCACUGAUACAACUAGACUGAGCUGGCCAGGUCUCUACCACUGCCAAGUGUGGAAACAGCUGAUACACCGGAGGGACUGAUUCUCACAGACCUCCUCCCUCCCCCCUCUUUCAUUUCCCCCCUCCACCAUAAAGAAUACUCUAGUAACUUGACAUUGAUCUGAAUUUAUUUAAUCUCGGUGCUCUUGUGAAAUAUUUACUAUCUGAGAUUUACGUUCAUCUCCAAAAUAUAUAUUCAGGACACUUUAUUUUGCAUCCUAGCAGCUUUGAAAAAUGUAUGUUUCUCCAAUUUUUCACAAGAACAAAGAUUCUGCAUUUAUACUGAAUUUAAAAUUCUUUAGAUUUUUUUUUAUUUAUUUAAGUAUUUAGUGUUUGAAUGUAGGAAUGUUUGCCAUGUCAGAUUAAAGUAAGGUAAGAAUGUAGUGAAAGACUUGCAAGAAAUGUAAACUGAGAAAGAUUUGUUAAUGCUUGUUUUAUUUGUUAUUUAUUUUGUUAUAUAUGUUACAUAUUGUGCUUAUAAAUGGGAGAAUUUAGUUAGAUUUUUGUGCAAGGUAGAAACUGCAUGUUGUGGAAGGUAACUUUAUAUAGAAGAAAGUAGAAAGGGAUUGUUAGAAGAAAAUUCACCCACCAACAAUCCAGAUUCCUCAAAGGGACUGGUUUCAUGUGUGAAUGGAGCACUAGAUAUCAUUUUAUCACUACUCAUUGUAUGGAACUAAGAAGGAGAUGCAAGAUUCAUGUAUAUUUAUUGAAGUUAGUGUCAUGAGUGUCCUGGGAAGUUUUAAAAAUAAGCUGGAAUAUUUAUAAAAAGUAUGGAUAUUGUCUGAAGAAUUCUAGAUUACUUUUGUAAUAUGAUGUAUGUUGAAUUCAAAAUAGAAUAUUUCAUUUGAUAUUUACGUAUUUAGCAUAAUAUGUUACAGGUGUUCUAACAUUUUAUGUCAUGAAGUGUCAUCUAGUCCCAUUUCUGAAAAAAGACAACCCAGGGCACAAUUGUUUGUGUAAUAUAGUGUAUUGUGAUAUAUAACAGUGCUAAAUAAUGGAGAGUGCUCAAUAGCUAGGACUCACCUAGUGAUAAUGCGCGUACCUGUUUUGUAUAGUUGUAUAAAGUGUAAAUAUGAAUAUGUUGAGCUUUAUCCACAGUCUUCACGUUGCUAAGAUUUAUAGCAGUUCUAUUCAAGCAAACAUAUCCAUACCUGUAGUCAACAAGAUUUUUUUUUUUAAUUUAUGGAAAAUAUAAAAAGAACGUCUGGUUUCUAGACUCAAUUAGUAUCUAACAUCUAUAUCCAGUUCUGAAAUUAUUCAGGUGUAUCUCUUUAGAAUUUUUCCAUGCUUCAGCAAGUACAACACUUAUUUCAUAUGUUGUCAAUUCUAGAUACACCUUUUUUUUUCCUUUGGCAAAUAAACCUUGUGUGGUCCUGUUUACAUGGUACUUUCUAUUUUUUUUUUUUAUACAAACAAUUUAGCUAUAUUUGGCUUUCAUUUUUUCAUAUAUUUAUUUUAGAUUUUCUGAAAUUUCAGAGAAUUUGAAUUUAGUUUCUGUUUCUACUUCUGAAAAUUCAUAUUCCCAUGUCUGUCUCCAUUCCAUUCCAAUAGUUUUAAGUUGUAUAGUAUUUACUGAGACUAUGUUGACUAGUAGGUAAAUCAUGUUUAAAAUGUCAAUUUUGAUAUAUGUGCCAAAAAAUAGGUUAAUUUGUGUGCAUGUACAGUGUUGUUUGUCGGUCAAUCUUGCUUAAUCGUUCUAGGGAUGAAUGAUUCAUGUUGUUCAAAUUUUUUUUGUCAGACAGGCACAAAGUGCUUUUUUGAAAUAAAAUGUUAUAAAACUGAAA